AUGGGGAGGGACCCAUCUUCGGGCAAUGUGGAGGUUAAGGUUCAUUCACGCCGUGAGGAUGCCACGGUCCAUCCUGGACGGGGGCCUCCGACCACUCCUCCGCCGCCGGGAAGGAACGCGCCGCCAUUUGCCUCAAGCCCCCCCACGCGCGAUCGUGACUUCAGCCUCUUUAAGCGGUGGUUUCCAUGGCUGGUGCCGUUCUUUGUUGUGGCCAACGUCGCUGUAUUCGUUGUGACCAUGUAUGUGAACGAUUGUCCUAAGCAUUCACUGCGUAAUUCAUGCGUUGCCUCUUUUCUGGGCAGAUUCUCAUUUCAACCCCUCAAAGAGAACCCCCUCUUAGGUCCUUCUUCAUCUACAUUAGAGAAGAUGGGUGCUCUAGAAGUAGAUAAAGUGGUUCGUAGGCACCAGGUUUGGCGCCUCUUCUCUUGUAUAUGGAUGCACGGUGGGGUUGUCCAUGUACUUGCCAACAUGUUGAGUCUUAUUUUUAUUGGAAUUCGGCUUGAGCAAGAAUUUGGAUUUGUUCGAAUUGGAUUUCUGUAUGUGAUAUCUGGUUUUGGAGGGAGUUUGCUGUCUUCCCUAUUCAUACAAUCAGGUAUCUCUGUUGGUGCUUCUGGUGCAUUAUUUGGCUUACUAGGAGGGAUGCUAUCGGAGCUCUUAAUAAAUUGGACAAUAUAUGCCAAUAAGCUCGCUGCAUUGUCGACUCUUAUAGUCAUUAUUGUAAUCAAUUUGGCUGUUGGAAUCCUUCCACACGUGGACAAUUUUGCUCAUAUUGGAGGAUUUGUCUCUGGCUUUCUUCUUGGAUUUGUUCUUCUGAUUCGCCCCCAGUAUAAAUGGGUUAGCCAAAGAAAUUCCCGUUCUGGAUAUGCUACUAAGCACAAACCUUAUCAGUAUGUACUGUGGGUCAUCUCUUUCGUACUACUGACUUCUGGAUUGAUCACUGGACUGAUUAUGCUCCUUCGAAGUGUUAACUUGAAUGAUCGUUGCUCAUGGUGUCAUUAUUUAAGUUGUGUGCCUACCUCAAAAUGGAGCUGCAAUGCACAACAACUUUCUUGUGAGUCAACCCAAAUAGGAAACCAACUCAACAUAACAUGCUUGAGCAAUGGGAGAAGUGAUAUUUUUCCUCUGUCAAGUACUAGCUCUUCCGAGGCUCAACAGCUAUGUUCUCGACUUUGCAGUUGAUAGAUACACAUUCAACAUUUCUUUAUCCGAUGCUAUUCAACAACUUGUGUAUAUGAUUCAUUCUUGCUACUGCAGAGGAAUUCUUUCUUCUGGAUUGGCAAUGA